AUGGCGACGCCGAACGGGCUUGCGCGGAUCGAGACGAACGGGAAGAAGCAGCACGACAACGGCGUGUGCCACGACGACAGCUCGGCGCCGGUGCGCGCGCAGACCAUCGACGAGCUGCACUCGCUGCAGCGGAAGCGGUCGGCGCCCACCACGCCCAUCAAGGACGGCGCCGCCUCGCCCUUCGCCGCCGCGCUCUCCGAGGAGGAGCGCCACAGGCAGCAGCUGCAGUCCAUCAGUGCGUCGUUGGCGUCUCUGACACGUGAAACCGGGCCGAAAGUGGUGAAGGGCGACCCGGCCAGGAAGGGCGAGGCCGCCGCGAAGGGCGCGCCGCCGACGCCGCAGGCGCACCACCAGCACCACCACCCCGCCGCACCCACCAUCGCCGUCAGCGACAGCUCCCUCAAGUUCACCCAUGUCCUCUACAACCUCUCGCCUGCCGAGCUGUACGAGCAGGCGAUCAAGUACGAGAAGGGGUCGUUCAUCACGUCCACCGGCGCACUGGCGACGCUGUCGGGCGCCAAGACCGGGCGGUCGCCCAGGGACAAGCGCGUCGUCAAGGACGAGGCCGCUGCGCAGGAGCUGUGGUGGGGCAAGGGCUCGCCCAACAUCGAGAUGGACGAGCACACGUUCCUGACCAACAGGGAGAGGGCCGUGGACUACCUCAACUCCCUGGACAAGGUGUUCGUGAACGACCAGUUCCUCAACUGGGACCCCGAGAACCGCAUCAAGGUCCGCAUCAUCUCCGCCAGGGCGUACCACUCCCUCUUCAUGCACAACAUGUGCAUCCGGCCCACGGACGAGGAGCUGGAGAGCUUCGGCACGCCGGACUUCACCAUUUACAACGCCGGCCAGUUCCCCUGUAACCGUUACACGCACUACAUGACGUCGUCCACGAGCGUAGACAUCAACCUCGCUAGGAGGGAGAUGGUGAUCCUGGGCACGCAGUACGCCGGCGAGAUGAAGAAGGGGCUCUUCGGCGUCAUGCACUACCUCAUGCCCAAGCGAGGCAUCCUCUCGCUGCACUCCGGCUGCAAUAUGGGCAAGGACGGUGACGUCGCCCUCUUCUUUGGGCUCUCAGGUACCGGGAAGACGACGCUAUCGACGGAUCACAAUAGGCUUCUGAUCGGCGACGACGAGCACUGCUGGAGCGACAAUGGCGUGUCCAACAUUGAGGGCGGCUGCUAUGCCAAGUGCAUAGACCUCUCCCAGGAGAAAGAACCUGAUAUUUGGAAUGCCAUCAAGUUUGGAACUGUGCUGGAGAACGUGGUCUUUGAUGAGCAUACUCGUGAAGUUGACUACGCCGACAAAUCUGUCACCGAGAACACUCGGGCUGCUUACCCGAUCGAGUACAUCCCCAACGCCAAGAUACCAUGCGUCGGGCCGCACCCCAAGAACGUUAUCCUCCUGGCGUGCGAUGCCUUCGGCGUGCUCCCGCCAGUGAGCAAGCUGAACCUGGCGCAGACCAUGUACCACUUCAUCAGUGGCUACACUGCCCUGGUCGCCGGCACGGAGGACGGCAUCAAGGAGCCACAGGCCACCUUCUCCGCCUGCUUCGGCGCGGCCUUCAUCAUGCUCCACCCGACCAAGUACGCCGCCAUGCUCGCCGAGAAGAUGCAGAAGUACGGCGCCACCGGGUGGCUCGUCAACACCGGCUGGUCUGGUGGCAGGUACGGUGUGGGCAAGAGGAUCAGGCUUCCCUACACCAGAAAGAUCAUCGACGCCAUCCACUCCGGCGAGCUUCUCACCGCUAACUACCAGAAAUCCGACGUCUUUGGCCUGGAGAUCCCCACUGAGAUCAAGGGCGUGCCGUCGGAAAUCCUCGAUCCUAUCAACACCUGGACGGACAAGGCGGCGUACAAGGAGACGCUCCUGAGGCUUGCCGGGCUCUUCAAGAAGAACUUCGAGGUGUUCGCCAGCUACAAGAUCGGGGACGACAGCAGCCUGACUGACGAGAUCCUCGCCGCAGGCCCCAACUUCUGA